GAGUAUGAUAUUGGAACGCGGUCUUUUUCAUGUUUUUGCUCAUAUUUGAUUAAUUAGCGAUGUUGAGGUUAUGAGUUAUGAGAUUGAUGUCAUCUAUCGAACAUAUAGCAGAGAUAAAGAUUUUCACUUUACGUACAAUACUUAACAUCGUGCAGAAACGAAUAUCAUAAUGUGAUAACGACUUAUUUUACAAGAAUACUAAGCUUGAGCACAGUGUAUCUUUUAUCGUCAUUAUACAAUAUUUAAUCUUUCGUCUCCAUAGAAUUUCAUAAGUGUUAUCUGGUCUGUUAUAUGUGAUAGUUUCUUGUUGAAUUUGUUGGUGAUUGUCGGCGAUCAUGAGUGAUGUCAGUGCAGUGAAUGGCGCUUCAGAAGGCCUUCAGUUAAAGAAGAUAGAUGACUAUGAAGAAAUUAAGAUACCAGUCCCUUGGGGACAUAUAGCAGCAAAGUGGUGGGGUUCCCAAGGAGUGCAACCAAUAGUAGCUUUACAUGGAUGGCAGGACAACUGUGGAACAUUCGAUAAUUUGGCUCCUCUGCUGAAGCAAAAAGGACACUCCAUUAUCUGUAUUGAUCUACCUGGACAUGGAUUUUCCUCACACUUACCUCCCGGCCACAAAUACUACAUAUGGUGGGAUGGAAUCCACUACUUGAGGCGAAUAGUACAGUACUUCAAGUGGAAAGACAUAGUAAUCCUCGGCCAUUCGCUGGGCGGAGGCAUUGCGUUUUUGUAUGCUGCUGCAUACCCUAAGGAAGUGAAAAAGUAUAUUAGUAUUGAUCUUGCUAGUCCCUCGAUUCGAAAUGUGAAAAAGUGCUGUGAUGUAUUAGGACCUGCUAUAGAUAAAUUUUUAAGUUACGAGAAUUUAGAACCCGAUUCAGUUCCAGCCUAUCCCUAUAAUGUGAUGGUGGACAUUUUACAGGAUGCUCACAAAGGAUCCGUUAGUCGCAAAGGUUGUGAAAUCUUGUUAAGACGGGGUAUGUUACCUGCUAAAAACCGAGAUGGUUAUUGUUUUACUCGGGAUCCUAGAUUGAAGCUUGCAGCGCUUGGGUUUAUGACUAUUGAGCAAGUAAUUGAAUUAGCAUCAAGAAUUGUUUGCGAGGUAAUGAAUAUUAAGGCCGUUCACGGUCACAAGCCUGAUGUUCCUGCACAUUACGACCUUAUUUUGGACACAAUCGAAAAUCAAGCUAAGAUUGUUCAAAGGCAUGUGGUAGAGGGUACACAUCAUUUACAUCUAAAUGAUGGCUCAUCGGUAUCUGAAAUAAUCCAUAAUUUUCUAGUAUCUUAGAAAUGCAUUAGAUGUCCUAGAUAAUUUAUAUUUAUUGGCUAACAGUGGAAUGGGUUUAAAAUGUUGAUGAAACUUAAAAUAUGCCAAUAGUUGUUUGAAUAGAGUGAACCGAAUCAUUUAUUUGAUCCUUAUUUUUACCAGUCGGUGAUUUAUUAGGAAAUGUUAAUAGUUUUAGUAGCUUUAUUAUAAACGGUGAUUGGAUUUUUAAAAUCUUACUUGUUUUUGUUUUUUAUGUUUUAUCUAAAUACUAUUAAUAUUUAUUAUUAUUUUUACACAUACUACAUAAUUAGAGUGUCUUUAUUGCAAAUGUGAAAUUUACUCACAUUUAGUUAAAUUUGUUAAUUAGUACUCAUAUCGACAAAUUCGCCAACGGAUGUUGAACUCAUUUGAUUUAUUUAAUACUUACAUAGUAACGUGUAGAUCAUUUACAUAAAUUUCCACUGCAUUAAGCUAGUGGUACUCACUUGAUUGAAAUACUGAUAAUUGGAUUUUGAUGUAGUUUAUAACUUACUUAUAACCGGAAAGAAUGUGCUAAUAUGUUUAAAUAAAUGUGUUCAAAGUA